AUGUUUCGUUACGUGAUAGCUGUUCUCUUUUGUUGCCCCGUUUUGGCCAUUCCUGGUGGUCGAACGGAGAUAACUUAUCCAUCUCUGGAAACAUUACGAUCUGGAGAGAAAAUACUGACACUUCGUGCUUUUGGCAAUGAUAUAGCAUUGAAAUUGGAAUCGGCUGGCGAUGUCAUAGCGGAUGAUUUCACUGCUAUGGACGGAGACGGAAAAAUUCAUAAAACUGAUGUGAAAAACUUAAAACGCAAGCUGUUUAGAAAUAAAGAAAAUAAUGCAGCUGUGUAUAUUAAUGAAGAAGGAUCUUUGGAAAUUAAAGGGUUGAUAGAUUCCAGAAUGAAAAUUGAGCCUUGUUCGUCAAACGAAGAAAUUAAAGACGGGAGGAACGCUCACUGCAUUACAAGACGUUCUGAAGACGACAAGCGAAUCCAUGAUGCAGUCAUUCCUCCGAGUAUUCAUGAAAUAUAUUCAAGCGACUCUCUAAUGAUGAUGCAAGAUGAUCAAUGUGUAGGUUUAGACUACAUAUUCGUGACAGAAAGUAACUUUACUCGUCAUUUUCCCAAUUCAGAAGAAAUCAAAGUCUAUUUAACUAUGGCAGUAAUGGGAGUUCAAAAUAUAAUGGAUACGUUAAAUCUGCGAAUAAAGGUGCGCUUGAUUGGAGUUACAGAAUACAAUGAAGAAAAUGAACCUAACUACAUCAAACAGAGUGAAAUGCCUGGGCAUAAAGGAAUUAUAUCUGUCAAUCAAUUAAUAGGAAAUAUGAUGGAUUAUUUUUGUCAACACCAAAAUGACAAAGGUUUUGAAAAAUAUAAAAAAGCUAAUAUAAUUAUGCUUAUAACUAGACGAACAUUUGGUAAUCUAUAUCCGGAUGGAAACCUUUUUACCGGCAUAACAGGGGUAGCGCCUUUAGGUGCUGCGGCUUGCGACUCUUGCGAUAAAUGUGGAGCCGUUACUGUCGGUGACGAUCCUCUUUACAGAGAUGAAAUUAUAGCUCACGAAUCCGCUCAUUUAAUUGGCAGCCCGCACGAUGGAGAAGGCCCCGAAUUAAGUCUCCACGGAGGUCCAGGAGCUAAGGCUUGUCCCGGAAGCGAUGGAUUUGUAAUGGGUGAUCAGAAGGGUGAAAAUAAAAGAAAAUUUUCUAAUUGCUCGCGCGAGAAUAUUAAAUAUUUCCUAAGCUUGCCGACUUCCCAAUGCAUUAUUCGAUAUUGCAAAAAAUAAAAAAUGAUACAACAAUGUAAACAAUCCUAUGAACUGUCUUCAAUAAUUAUAGAAUAUUGUAAAAUUUCUAAUUUGUGAAGUAGAAAACUAUAAAC